AUGGACCUUUCCAGACCUCAAUGCAGACAUUGGAGGGAGCUGGUUCUCCUGGCCAGUCUGCUGGCCUGUGGGAUCCGCCAAGCCACCAGCCAAAUUUCCAUCGACCCAGAAUCACUCAUAGGAAUCAAGGGAUUUCGGAGUGUCCUGGUCCUCCAGAAUGUCACCCAAGAUGCUCAAGAAUACAGCUGGCACCGUGGUGCAAAUGACACUGUGGAAAAUAUGAUUGUCAGCUACAAAGCUCCCUCCAAUACCUGGCAGUCUGGGCCCAUGCACAGUGACCGGGAGAACGUGACCAAGACAGGUGACCUGACCAUCAGGAGGACUGAAUUAAGCGACGCAGGGAACUAUACCGUGAGGGUGGACUUCAGCAACAGGACUGAGAGAGCAACUGGCUAUCUCUAUGUUCAAGAGUUGGAAAAGAAGCCAGACAUCUGGGCUAACACCAGCACUGUGAUAGAGUACAUGGAUUCCGUGGCCAUCAUUUGCUACACCAAUGCCACCAUUGUCAAGUGGUAUGUGAAUUAUGAACAGGUGUCCAGCAAUGACCAGAUGACAAUCUCCCCGGACUUCAAGACCCUCAUCAUCCACAAGGUCGGCCGCUAUGACAGAACACUUCAGUGUGAAACUGAAAGCAUUCCAGAGUUUCCUCGGAGAAGUGAACCUCUCUCUCUCACCGUGUACUAUGGGCCAGACAAAGUGCAGCUGAGUACCAGUCACAUCAUCCGCAAUGGUGUCCUGUCUGCUAGGAUCGGCUCCCAGGUGCGCAUGCAGUGUAUCGCCAUUUCCAAACCCAGUCCCAAGUACCACUGGAUCCACAAUGGCUCCCGCCUGAGCUUCUCAGAAGCAGAAAUCAUCCUCCCAAGUCUGGCCUGGGAGCAGAUGGGCAGAUACAGAUGCAUUGUGGAGAACCCCACGACCCAGCUGGCCAUGUACAGGGAAUUCCAGAUCCGGGUGCAUACCGCAGGUGAGUCCAGCAGCCUCUCUCUGGGGCUCACGCCCCACAACAGCUUCACCAUCUCAGGAGCCAAAGUGGUGUGGCUCAUCGUGAUAACAGUCCUUGGUGGCGUCUACAUCUGCGGGAUCCUGAUCUACGCCUUGAUCAGCCAUUUCUCCACUAGGAGACACAGAGGGGCUUGAAGAUGUUAUUCUCAUGUCCGUGAAGACAGAGACCUGGGCCACGAAUGAAGGGAUACAGACGUUUCUAGAAAAAGCAAGAAAAAUGCAUUUCUCUCCUGGAGCCUCCAGAAGGAACUCAGCCCUGCCUGCCAGCGCCUUGAUUUUAGCCCAGUGAACCCCACUCUGGACUUGUGACAUCUGGAGGUGUAAGAUGAUAAAUGUAUGCUGUUGUAAGGCA